CCACAAAUUAUGUGGGGGGAGGAUGGGGCUUGCUGGAUGGCCUGGCCGUGUCACGCACUCUCUGUUUGUUUUUGUUUAUCGUGGCGGUGGUGGUGGUGGUGGUGCAGUGUUUUUGCAGCGAUUCCUCUGGCUAUGGCGUUUGCAUGCGGUUCUGCCUCGUGUGUCACGGGCUCCACCUUGCAAUGGCGUAGCUCCGCACCUACUGGUGACCGAAGCAGGCGCUUGCUGGCCUCUUCUUCGUCGCAGCUGGUCACUCUGGACGCUGCCCUGCUUCGAUUGCGGAUUGCUGCGCCGGGUCAUCCCGUCAGGCGGCAAGCUCAAGGGCCCAGGGCGAUGGUGCCGUUGGAGCCGAUAAUAUUGGCGCCUCCAGAAAUCGACGCCACCACAUUUGUGCUCGGGUCAUUGGUGACCGGUGCUCUGAGCUUCGGAGUUUUCCGCACUGUCGUUUACUUUAGAAUGCAAUUGAUUAUAGCACAUAUGCUUGCGCUGCAUGUGCCAAAAGGUGGGGCACGGGUCGUGGAUUUCAGCGUUGGAGAAGGCCGAAAUUUGUAUUAUUACCCAAAGGAUACAGUGCAAGUGGUUGGAGUCAAUCCGAACCCUAAGGUUCCGAUGCUUGAAGCCCAAGCUGCUUACGCGAAGGUGCCCAUUCGAAUUUUACCUGACGUCUCACGGCUUCCAGCAAACAGUAUGGACGCAGUGGUUAGUGUUCAGGGAAUGGAAGAUAUGUCAGAUGAACAAGUUGAAACUGUCUUACGUGAUGCUGUCCGAGUAUUGAAGCCUGGGAAGAAAUUUAUCUACAUCGAGAAUGUUGGAGCUGAGAAUCCUUUGGUGCUAGCAGCUCAGCAGAGUAUAGAGGGCCUCGGAAAGUUGUUUGGGAAAAAAUAUACCGUCACACGCGACUUAUUGUCGUUUAUUCUGAAAACCAAAGGUUUCGAGGUUAUAAAGUACCAAGUAGUUCUUGGGUUCCAAGAUCCUCACAUUGUGGGUAUCGCCACCAAAAAGCAACAAACCACUACCGGUGCAGGCAUUGGCAAAGAUACCAUCCCCAAGAAGAACAAAAAAGAGAAAGUUCCUCAGCAGACAGGACUUUCAGAUCCUCAAAAGAUUGAAUUUUCAGGACAAUAGGAUAUGGAAAGAUUGGACAUCAGUUCAGUGCACCUCAGACAUCUGCCGUCUAAACGUGAUUUUGAUUCAUCAAGAGGGAGUAAUUGGCAGUCAUUAAUUGAGACCCUCGAGCUAGAUUUUAGGUUAGUGCAGAGUGGAGGUCCGACGAGCAACUCGUGCGCCUUUUUGAUAUGAGUAGGUCUGUAUUCUACGUAGCGCCAGAAGCGUGACACCCCAGUACUCAGUGCUUGCGACGGGUCAUGUUCAGAACUGGGACUGUGUUGUAGUUACACCUUGGCAGCAGUUUUCAGCGGUUGUUACCAACAGCAGUCCUUUGUGAGGAAGGCCAGUUUGUGGGUGAUGCAUUGAGCGACCGUUUGCGUGCUCUUUGAUAUGUAUUAGUGCCAAUGCCGGGAAUUGGCUAAUCAAACGAUGUGUCCUUGCAUCAUUCUUGUCGAAGCA